UGAAAACAUUUCCCAGCCAAAUCAAAAGAUAUAGAAGAAACAAAAAGGUUGAAAUGGAACUUCAUUUUGAGUGCACAGAUUUGAGUGUUUGGAAGGAAACCCUCUCCACAUACAAAUCUCGAAUGGAAUCUCUAAACAAGCCAAACUUGAUUUCUCUCGACGAAUUUUACAGCCACGAACUCCCCUUUCUUCUCCACCAAAGAAACCCUAACCCUUUCAUUACCACAUCCGAACUCUCCCGCCUCAUGCAAUGGAAGCUCACGCGCGGCAAAUGGAGGCCCCGUUUGUUAGAUUUCGUUUCCUCUUUGGACGACUCUUCCGUAAAGUCCGCUUCUCAAAAGGCUUUCCAUUCCCUUCCCGACACCUCCAAAGCCAUCUCAGAGCUUACGGUUUUGAAAGGAGUCGGCCCCGCUACAGCCUCCGCCGUUCUCGCUGCUUACGCUCCUGAAACGGCGCCGUUUAUGUCCGACGAGGCUAUGGUGGCUGCGCUUGGAAACUCUAAAGAUUAUUCGUUAAAACAAUACUUGUUAUUCACGGAAAAACUACAGAUAAAAUCUAAGGAAUUAAGUGCAAAAGGUGACUCCUUCACACCUUCAGAUGUAGAAAGGGCACUGUGGAGUUCAGCUGUAGGCGUAAAGUUGGAAUCUUCACAGAAAGUAUCGGAUAACAAGAUCAAGGGAAGCAACAAAAGAAAGAGAAAGCAUUGAUUUAGUAAUGUGGUGGAUGAUGGAAACUUUUGUAAGUUCUAACUUGUUCAAUUGUGUACCUGAUACUAUCACUUUAACAAUGUGAUGUUGUGCCUUGGUCAA